UGACAUAUAGAUGGCAUUAGUUACGAUUUUGUAUUUAUAUUUUGUUUUUUUUUUGCUUCGAAUUUACACGUUUUUUUUCUUUAAUUUUGUUUAAUUUUGUAAAUUAAAUAAUGUAAAAUUCGAUAAUAUGACAACUGAUAAGAAUAAAUCUGAUUCAUGUCUUUUUCCAUCAAUGUCAUCAUCGAUUGAUAAUGUCGAUGGUGAUGAUUGUCCAGCGCCGGUUGUCACUUUAUUUCCAAGUGUUUCAUCAUCAUCAUCAGCAACAUCAUCGGUUAUUCCAAAAACAUUGCCACAAUGUUCAAGUUUUCCCCAAAACAUCGACCUCAUCGAUAAUGAUAACGAUGAUGAUGAUCCGAUGAAAUCAUCAAACGAUAAUAUAAUAGAUUUGAGCAGUGACGACAAUGAUUCAAAUUCGAGCAUUGAAUUUAUCGGUGAACAUCGUGAUCGUCGUCGAAAACAUUCGAAGAAAAAAAACAAACAUAAACAUCGACGACAUGAGAAGAAAAAGAAAAGGAAGAAAGAAUCCGAAGGAGAUCAACAAACAUAUGACAAUAGUUAUCUAUCAUAUCUACCAAAAGGAUCGAAAGCAAAUUUCUUAGAAGAUAUACCGAAUUUACGUUCAGAAGAUGCAUUUCGUUUUGAUCGUAAUGGUGAUCGAAAUAAUCUUGCAUUUGAUAAACUUUAUGAACGUUAUGUUCCUAGAUAUCAAUCAAAAAAUGUGAUACGUUUGUAUGGUCGUCAACAAGGUGAAUUUGUUGAUGAUGAAAGAGAAAAAAAGAAGAAAAAAAUUCAAAGAUAUUUUGUAGGAAAAAAGAAGAUAAAAUCCAUUAAUGACGGUAACUUUAUUUAUCCUAAAGAUAAUCUUUUCAAUCAGACAAAUAUCGAUUAUAUUCGUUUGAUCGAAAUCGAUGAUUUAUUGACAAAAACGGAAACAUCCAAUAUGGAACAGCCAAAAAUUCAAUUCGAAUCAUUAAAGGAUGUGGAACAAAUUCGUCAACAACAACAACAAGGUCCACAACAAGCACCAUCCAUUCAGCAAUUAUUAAUGGAAAUGACCAGAAUUUUCAAUCAUAAUCUUUAUGAAGAUCGAACAAGUGUUGAUAAAUGGAUUGAUUUUAUACAUUUUCAAGAUCUUGCCUAUUUUCAUGGUAUACAUUCAUUUCAGGAUACAAAUGUUAAUGAUAAUAACCCUGAUACGCGAACUUCAUCAAUGGAUAAUGAAAAAACAUCAAUGAAUCAUCGAAAACGAAAAUUUUGUAUCGAAAGAAAAUUCGAUAUCUGUACAAAAGCUUUAGAACAUAAUCGUCGUUCAAUGAAAUUAAAUCUAUUACGAUUAAAAUUAUUAAGUCAAUAUUCGGAUGAAUUACAAAAAGAUUGUCAUCAAAUAGAUGAUGAAUGGAAAAAUCUUUGUUUUUUAUUUCCAAAUGCACCUGAAACAUGGUUUGAAUGGCUUUAUCAUUCAUUACGAUCGGAACGAAUGAUGAAUUUUAAAUUUAAUCGUACGAAAAAAAUAUUUAAACAAGCAUUCAGUGCAUUAAGUCGUAAACAAUUGGAAGGACAAUUUCGUUCACAUCAAAUUGAAUUGAAUGAUCUUGAAACAAUUUUAAUAAAUAUUACAGAAUUUAUGGCCGAAUUUCUUCGUUCAAUUGAUCAACAAGAAAAAGCUAUAGGAAUAUAUCAGGCAUUGAUUGAAUUUAAUUUGUUUACACCGGAUGAAUUAGAUUUCAAUGUAUCGAUUGAUGAUUGGAUAAUAUUAUUCGAACAAUUCUGGGAUUCUGGUGUACCACGUAUCGGUGAAUAUUCGGCAACUGGUUGGCAACAAUUUCAAAAAAAUGUAAUGAAAAAAUUUAUCGAUAAAAUUCAAAUUAGAGAUGAAAGAAAUUUGGAAAAAUUUGGUACCGAAAAAUUAAUGAAUGAAUGUGAAGAUCGAAUUAUUUCAAAAUUGAAACAAUCAUUAUCGAAUGAUGAUCGUUUAAAAUCAUUAUGUUGGUUACAUAUGGAACGAAUGCGUAACCGAUUACAUUGGCUACCAACCAAUAUUCAAAUGUUGCCUGCAAAUCAUUCGAUCGAUGAUAUUGAAGAUCCUGAACGAAUUGUUCAAUGUGAUGAAGAUCUUCGACCAUUUUUAUAUCGAUUACGAAAUCUUGAAUCAAAAUUUGAAUUAUCAUUAAAAUUUCUACGAUUUCUUUCCAUAUCGUUCAUAACGAAUGCAUUAGAUUCUGCAUAUUCAACUAGUCGUUUUGAAAUGGAAUUUUCACUAAUUCGUCCAGUAGAUAAACAAUAUUCAAUGGAAACAAAAUUGUUUGAAAAUUUUCGUAAAUUUGAUAGCAAUCGUUUUGGAAAUUAUUCCGAAUUAUUUAUAUUGAAACGUUUUGAACUUGAUAAUAAUUAUUAUUGUUUACCAUUAUGUAAUGAUAUUAUGAAUGAAUAUGAACAAUUUUCUAAUCAAUCAUAUCAAACAUUUGUAGAUAAUUUAUUUGAAAAACUUAUCAAUCAAUUCCGUGAUGAACAACAACAAAUUCAAUUAACAUUACUUUGGAUACAAUUCAAACGACAAUUAUUUGAACAAAAACAAAUAACAUUAAUAAUGUUUAAGAAAUUUUUGAAAGAAAUUUUAAAAAAAUAUUCAAAUAAUUUAAAAAAUGGUUUACAUUUUUAUCAAAUUUAUGGUCAAUUUAUGUUCGAAUGGGAUAUUAAUGAAGCAAUUAAAAUCUAUUCAACAACAUUGAAAUUAAUUCCAUCGACAUAUGCGCAAAAUCGUUUACGAUUAGCAUUAAGUUUUGUUCGAAUGUUAUUGAAUUUGGAUUCGAUUUUGGAUCAAUUUUUAACAACAUCUGGUGGAUCAUCAUCAUCAUCAUUAAUAUCUUCAAUCAAUUUAUUACCACGUUCAGCAAAUAAAUCACAUGAUUUUAAUGUAAAUCAUUUGGAACAAAUUGCAUUGAAUACAUUAUUGACUGUGAUAAAUAAUGAUGAUAAUACAUCAUCAACAACGAUUCAAGACGAACAACAACAACGAAAUAAUAAUAAUCCUGCACUGAUAUUGAAAACAAUUCAAAUGAUUCAAUCAAAAUGGAUUGGUUAUGAUCAACCAAAACAAUUGGAACAUGUUCAGGUGAUGAUAUUUUUACUAUAUCUUAGUGGCCGUCAACAAUCAUAUCAACAAUUUAUUGAACAACAAUUACAACCAGAUAUAAUAAUUGAAUUUGAUCAUCAGCCAUAUUAUUUGAUAUCGAAAAAAAAUUUAGAACGAAGUUUUUUCAUCAUUUACCUGCAAUUAUUAUUACGUGAUCAUAUUAUCAAUCGUAAUCAAAUAACUAUUCGUCAUAUACGUUCGAUUGUGGAUCGUGCUGUUCAAAUAUUUCCCGAUGAUUCAUUAUUUUUAGCCAUUUUAGCUCGAUUAGAACAACGAUUUACUGUGAUGACAAAAAGUCGAAAAUUUUUUCAUGAUUAUGUUGCCAAUCAAGCUGGACAAUUACAGAAUUAUCUGAUGAAAAAAUAUCUUAACAAAAUCGAUGUUGGUGAUGAUGAUUAUGGCCAUACGAUUGAAUCAAUGUACAACAUUUUCAUGGCAACAUUACAUUCGGAAUUUUUGAUUCUAGAUAAAGUUACAGCCGUAGCAGAUGAUGAAUCGGGUUAUGAUUAUCGAAAUGGAUUAAUCAAUCGAAUACGUAAUCUAUUUGAACGUGCAUUGAAUUAUAAUGAUAAUGACAGUGAUCAUCAUAAUCAUAAUGGAUCGAUUGAUUGGAUUUUAGGACGUUCAUUGGCACAUUGUCCAAUUAUUUGGCGAUUAUUUAUACGAUUUGAGGAAUAUGAACUUCGACAUAAUCAAUGUAAUGAUUUUAAAUUUAAUUCAGCCAUUCUUUAUCGUGCAAUACAAAUGUGUCCAAAUCAUAAACAACUAUAUUUGGAUUGUAUGAAAUUAAUGAUGAAUGAUUGGAAAAAAUUAGUGGAUAUUAUGAUGGAUCAACAGAUUCGUAUCCGUACAACUGUUGAAGAGAUUGAUCUUUAUCUACAGAUGAUGAUAAUGGCUGCGAAGAAUGACGAAAAAAUCGGCGAAUCUAAAGAAUCCGAAAUCUAAUUAAGAUUGAAAGUUGUUGAAUCGGAAAAAAAAUAUUGAUACUCGAAGGAAUUUUUAAUAGUGACAUCUAUCGAUCAAUGGCACGAAACACUGUGGAUAUUUUUUUUUUGUUUUGUUUAUCACAUGUUUUAUCAUCAAACCAAAAACAAAAACAUUGCAAUCAUCAUUUUGUGACCUUCGAACAAUUAAAAAAAAAGGGAUUUUCUCUUUCAAAGCUAUUGUAUAUAGAUGUAGAGAGAAAAAAAACGCCGACAAUAACGAAUCAUCAUUAUCAAUGAAAAUUUUUUCUACAUCAUCAUCAUUU